AUGGCUCUGCUGGCGCGGAUCCUGAGAGCUACUCGCCGCCCGGCGCCCGGGCGGGGCAGGCUUCUGGGCUCUGGGCUCCUGUUGGGGGCGCGGGCCCAGGACAAAGGAUCUGGGCGACCCGGGGCGCCACGGGCCGGAGACAGGGCCGAGGGGCCCCGGAGUCUCGCGGCCAUGCCGGGGCCGCGAACCCUCGCCAACCUGGUGGAGUUUUUCUGCAAGGACGGUUUCAGCCGCAUCCACGAGAUCCAGCAGAAGCACACACAGGAAUAUGGAAAAAUCUUCAAGUCUCACUUUGGUCCUCAGUUUGUAGUAUCUAUUGCAGACCGCGACAUGGUGGCUCAGGUGCUCCGGGCGGAGGGGGCCGCGCCCCAAAGAGCCAACAUGGAGUCCUGGCAGGAGUACCGAGACUUACGAGGGAGAGCCACCGGGCUCAUCUCAGCGGAAGGUGAACAGUGGCUCAAGAUGAGAAGUGUAUUAAGACAAAGAAUUCUGAAACCAACAGAUGUGGCCAUUUUCUCUGGAGAAGUCAACCAAGUUAUUGCUGAUUUGAUUAAAAAAAUCUACAUCCUCAGGAGCCAUGCAGAAGAUGGGGAAACGGUGACUAAUGUCAAUGACCUUUUCUUCAAAUAUUCAAUGGAAGGUGUGGCCACCAUCCUUUACGAGAGUCGCUUGGGAUGCCUGGAGAACCACAUCCCCCAGACAACAGUGGAGUACAUUGAAGCCCUGGAGCUCAUGUUCAGCAUGUUCAAAACCUCCAUGUAUGCAGGUGCCAUCCCCAGAUGGCUCCGCCCCUUCAUCCCCAAACCCUGGCGAGAAUUCUGCAGGUCCUGGGAUGGACUCUUCAAAUUCAGCCAAAUUCAUGUCGACAACAAGUUGAGGGACAUACAGUGCCAAUUGGACCGAGGGGAGAGGGUGAGCGGGGGACUUCUCACAUACCUCUUCCUUAGCCGGACACUGACGCUGGAGGAGAUCUACGCCAACAUGACCGAGAUGCUGCUGGCUGGCGUUGACACAACAUCGUUCACGUUAUCCUGGGCAGUGUAUCUCCUGGCAAGGCACCCAGAAGUGCAGCAGACCGUGUAUCGGGAGAUAGUCAAGAAUUUGGGGGAAAGGCAUGUUCCAACUGCAGCAGAUGUCCCCAAAGUCCCGCUGGUCAGAGCUCUCCUGAAGGAAACCCUGAGGCUGUUUCCAGUGCUACCAGGGAAUGGCCGUGUCACCCAAGAAGACCUGGUUAUUGGCGGAUAUCUGAUUCCCAAAGGCACCCAGCUGGCCCUCUGCCACUAUGCCACCUCCUACGAGGAUGAGAACUUCCCUCGGGCCAAGGAGUUUAGGCCCGAGCGCUGGCUGCGAAAAGGAAGCCUGGACAGAGUCGACAAUUUUGGGUCCAUCCCCUUUGGCUAUGGGGUGCGCAGUUGCAUUGGGCGGAGAAUCGCAGAGCUGGAAAUUCACCUGGUCAUGAUCCAGUUGCUUCAGCAUUUUGAGAUCAAAACAUCUUCUUGGACUAAAGCUGUUCAUGCAAAAACCCACGGGCUUCUGACCCCGGCGGAGCCCAUCCACGUACGUUUUGUUAACAGAAAGUAA